AUGCUUUGGAAUGUCGUGAACAAGGAAAGGGGUAAAAAUAACUGCCCACGAUUGGAUGUCACAGAGGUGAUUGUUGACACCGAUGGGUCGCAGUUCACAAGUAAGAGAGCCGCGGUCAAUGCGCUAAACACCAGGUUCCUCAGCGCCGCGUUGGCGUGCGCCGCGCCGCGCGCCGACGGCGCCCGCGCCCUACGCCAGCUGCGCGCCGCGCUGCCGGCUGCGGAUCGUUCCCUUAGGCUCCGACCAUUCGGCGUGGAGGAAGUGUAUCGUUUGAUAACCUCUCUCAUACCUCCUAAAGCCUCAUUGGACAUCUAUGGGAUAAAUAUGAAGCUUCUGAGGGCUGCUCCAGCCCCCUUAGCCUACGCCAUGACGGAACUAUUCAAUCGCUGUAUAAGGGAGGGCACCUACCCUAAAUCUCUUAAAAUCAGCAAAAUAGCUCCAAUCUUUAAAGGUAAGGGUAAAAGAGGGGAUAUGGAUGCGUACAGGCCUAUCGCUAUUAUCCCCGCGAUGGCAAAGGUCUUUGAAAACGGUCUCAGCAGCCGCUUGACAAGUUUUCUUGAGUCGACUAGCGCCGUAUCCGAUAGACAACACGCCUACCGUGCGGGCCGCUCUACAACCACACUGUCUCGUGAGGUGGUCCGAUGCGUGGUCGACGCAAGGGAGAGGAAGCAGCAGGUUGCUCUAUUGUGCUGCGACCUGUCCAAGGCCUUUGACGUCGCAGACCAUGCAGUCCUUACCAGCAAGCUAAAGCACUAUGGCAUCGACGGCCCGACACUUUCCUUGUUCGAGAGCCUUCUGCAGCAAAGAUCUCAAAUUGUGAUCGGAGACGGUGGAAAGGCUAAGUCGGACCCACUAGAAACUACCAUGGGCGUAGCCCAGGGCUCAUCGGUUUCAAACAUAUUAUUCUCGUUGUUACUGAACGAUCUGCCGCAUGCAAUACAGGCUGCUGAAAUCCUUAUGUACGCAGAUGAUGUUGCUGCAAUCGUCACAGCGCAAUCGGUGGACGCCAUAGAAGAGAAAUUAAAUGAAACCGCGGCCCAGCUUGCACAGUGGUUUAAUGUCAAUGGUCUAGCGCUAAACCUCAAGAAGACCCACUACCUGGUCUUCAAUCUAUCGGGUCGCAGCACGAGGCCACUUGCUGUGUCUGCAAAUGGAACCGCUUUAGACCAAUUAAGUAGCACCGGUUUCCUAGGGUUCGAAAUUGACACCUGUCUGAAGUGGGACCAUCAUAUUGACAGACUCAGCGGAAGAAUCGGCAGUGCGUGCUUUGCAUUAGGACGAGUAACUAGGUUGGUGUCGGACGAGGUCGCGCGCUCGUGCUAUUUUGCCACGGUGCACUCGCUGCUCCAGUAUGGUGCGGAGCUAUGGGGACGCUGUGCCGAGUGGGAAAGGGUAUUCCGUCUCCAGAAGCGCGCGGUCAGGAUAAUCGCCCGUAUCCCGCACAACACUCCUGCACGACCCUAUUUUAAAAAGCUGGGGGUGCUGACUUUACCAGCAAUAGUCAUCUUGCAGGUGGCUAUGUAUGUGAGGUCAAAUCUUUCGGCCUACAAAACGCAUAGCAUGGUACACAAGUACAACACACGUAACGCCCACAAGCUCGUUGGCGUGGGCUGUAAAAUGGCCAAGUCGGCCAAGCUCACCCACAUCAUGGGGCCCGCCGUCUACAACAACCUGCCCUAUAGCAUCACCAGCGCCCAGAGCUUGAGCAGUUUUAAAUGUCGCCUCAAACGCUGGCUUGUUGAGCACCCGUUCUACGACUAUGACGAGUACCUAAAUUUUCAUAAAAGAGAUGUCAAGUAA